UUAUGUUGGCGGUAUGCGUGGCUCUGAACUGAAUAAAAAACGAAUCAGCUGAAUGCUGAAAAGUCCAAGAAACUUUCUCUUCGUUUUCCUCGACGUUGACAAUGGCGAUGUGAAGUUUGUGCAUCGAAACGUAAAAAAUCGCGUUUAAUGCGAAAAGACGAUCGAAAGUGGAAAAGGGCGAGUUUUUCCGCCAGUUGAAUCCGUCUCGUGUGAUUGACUUUCGCUAGUGUGAUCGCCUUUACCAACAUCAUCUCGAAAAGUCGGAAAAACAGGAACGGGCAUUGUUGUUUAGUGUUGUUGUUAAAGAUGAGUGGUUGUUCUUGCGAAAAGUGGGACUCGACGCCGGAAAAAGCCACCUUUUUUGAGCCCAGCUACGAGUGAUUUGUGCAAUUACCGAAUUUGGUGCGUGGUGUUUUUAACGAGUUGCGAAAAUGUCAGCGAUGAAGAAUUCCUCUCUCAGCAAAAAGGAAGGCAAAAUGAGGAUCCGUGCCUUUCCAAUGACUAUGGAUGAGAAGUAUGUGGAGAGCAUAUGGGCCCUUUUGAAAAACGCCAUUCAAGAAAUUCAAAAGAAAAACAAUUCAGGAUUAAGUUUUGAAGAGUUGUACAGAAAUGCGUACACUAUGGUUCUCCAUAAACAUGGGGAGAAAUUAUACACUGGGCUCAAGGAGGUUGUUACUCAUCAUUUAGAAUCAAAGGUCCGUGAAGACGUCCUUCGCGCCCUCCACAACUGCUUCCUGAUGACACUGAAUCAAGCCUGGAACGACCACCAGACGUCGAUGGUGAUGAUUCGUGACAUCCUCAUGUACAUGGAUCGCGUCUAUGUGCAACAAAACGACGUCGACAACGUCUACAAUUUGGGAUUAAUCAUUUUUCGCGAUCAGGUUGUGCGAUACGGUUGCAUACGCGACCAUCUCCGUGAAACCCUCCUCGAUAUGGUGAUGCGAGAGCGAAGAGGUGAAAAAGUCGACAGGAUCUCGAUAAAAAACGCCUGUCAAAUGCUAAUGGUCCUCGGUAUUAACUCGCGCGCCGUCUACGAAGAGGACUUCGAACGACCGUUCCUCCAACAAUCGGCCGAAUUUUACAAAGUAGAAAGUCAGAAAUUUCUAGCCGAAAAUAGCGCCUCCGUGUAUAUAAAUAAAGUAGAAGCCAGAAUCAACGAGGAGUCUGAUAGAGCUAAACACUACUUGGACGAAUCAACCGAAUCCAGAAUCGUCGAAGUGGUCGAAGAGGAGCUCAUUAAGAAGCACAUGAAGACGAUAGUCGAGAUGGAAAAUUCGGGCGUUGUGCACAUGCUUAAGCACCAGAAAACAGAGGAUCUGGCUUGCAUGUACAAGUUAUUCGGACGUGUUGCCGACGGUUUGAAGACAAUGGCUGAUUGUGUUAGUCAGUAUUUGAGGGAGCAAGGCAAGGCUUUGGUGCAAGAAGAGGAGCAUCAACCAUCCACCAAUGCUAUAACAUUCGUCCAGUCGUUGCUAGAUCUGAAGGAUCGGUUCGAUCAUUUCUUGAAGAAUUCGUUCAAUAACGAUAAGAUCUUCAAACAGAUGAUCGCCUCAGAUUUCGAACAUUUUCUCAAUCUCAACCCGAAAUCGCCCGAAUACCUCUCCUUAUUUAUAGAUGAUAAAUUAAAAAAAGGCGUCAAAGGGAUGUCCGAACAAGAAAUUGAAUUGGUUCUUGACAAGUCCAUGGUACUCUUUAGGUUCCUUCAAGAGAAAGACGUUUUCGAACGCUAUUACAAACAACACUUGGCCAAGCGAUUACUUUUGAAUAAGUCGGUUAGCGACGAUUGGGAGAAAAAUAUGAUUUCAAAGUUAAAGACUGAGUGCGGUUGUCAGUUCACGUCAAAACUUGAAGGCAUGUUCAAAGAUAUGACAGUUUCAAACACGAUCAUGGACGAGUUUAAGGAUCAUAUCACCAAAACUGAGUCAAGCUUAUGCGGGGUGGACCUUUUCAUGCGCGUCUUAACGACCGGGUUCUGGCCUACGCAGAGCGCCACUCCCAAGUGCCACAUUCCUGCUGUUCCACUAGCUGCCUUCGAAUGUUUUAGUAGAUUUUAUUUAGCCAAACAUAGCGGAAGGCAGUUGACGUUACAACCCCAGUUGGGCAACGCCGAUCUCAAUGCCAUAUUUUUCGGUCCGAAAAAGGAAGACCCCGACAAAGACGGGGCGUGUUCGUCGACCAGCUCCAUUUCGCCGCGGACAGGCCCCAGAAAGCACAUAAUCCAAGUGUCCACCUACCAAAUGGUCGUUUUAAUGCUGUUCAACAACCAUGAGAAAUUAACCUAUGAGGAGAUUUUAAACGAGUCGGAUAUUCCCGAGAGAGAUUUAAUUAGGGCGCUGCAGUCGUUGGCGAUGGGCAAAGCGACGCAGCGCAUCUUGAUUAAGAAUCCGCGGACUAAAGAAAUCGAAUCGAACCACGAGUUUUACGUCAACGAUUCGUUCACGUCGAAGUUGCAUCGCGUGAAGAUCCAGACGGUGGCGGCGAAGGGCGAAAGCGAGCCCGAGAGGCGCGAAACGAGGAACAAAGUGGACGAGGACAGGAAGCACGAGAUCGAAGCAGCUAUCGUUAGAAUAAUGAAGUCGAGGAAACGGAUGCCGCAUAACAUUCUGGUGACGGAAGUGACCGAGCAGCUGAAGAGCCGAUUUUUACCAUCGCCAGUGAUUAUCAAGAAACGAAUAGAAGGGCUGAUUGAGCGGGAGUAUCUGGCACGGACGCCCGAGGACAGGAAGGUCUACACCUACGUUGCUUGAACUAUUUUUCGUUUUGUUUUGUUCUGGUGGAAUAUUGUGAGUGGAUAACGAUUAUCCCCGCCGCAAAACUAUACAUGGAAUUUAAAUAAUAUUAAAUUAUUAAAAUAAAACGACCCCUUUAACUCUCUUGCGCGAUGGCGCAUAAUUAAAUAUUUUGUUUCUCUUAUUUUUAGUUUUUUUUUUAAUUUACAUUAAAUUGUUUCUCAUAUUUAUUUUCAAGUUUGAACAUUGUAAAUAGUUUCAUCAUACUUAAAGAUAAAUAUAAUAAGGUUACAGAACUGCAGGUUACGAACAGUGAUGUUUCUGGAGAAAUUGAUUUUUGGCACCACCGAAUUCCUGAUGUUUAAACAUGUAAAGUUACGCAUUUUUACUGGACUUGAUCCUUUGUGCGCUUCAUCUUGUUGCAAAUUGUGAAAUUUCUGUCAUGUUUUUAUUUGAAAUCUUUUGUGUUAGGUAUGAAGUGAAGAAUAAAAAUGGACAAGUUUCGUAUGAAGAAGUCA